CGGGGGUCGACGGGCACGGGGGGCGAGACAGCAGCUGUGCAGAGACGCAGAACCGGCCGGCAAUGGACAACUCGGUGCCCGCAAAGGAGGACGACGAGCUGCGUCGGAAAGAAGAUGUAGCAUGGGCUGAAGCUGGUUCAUCGUUGAGGAGAAUACGACGAGGACAGCUCAAAUCGUCGAAUUAUGUUUCAAUUAAGGAAGGAAAAUACAUCAGCUAUUAUGGCAAUAGACUUUGCAGUUUUAUACCGAAUAGCAUAAAAUCGGUGCCGCUGACCAAAAUCUUAGAAGUUCGUGCUGGUUACAACACCGAUAACCUUCAUCGGGCUGCCAAGCAUUAUAGAUUCCAAGAGGCUGCACCGGAGGCAACAUGCUUUUCCAUAAUUUUUACACAUGCACAAUUUCUGCACAAAUCUGUAGACUUUGCAGCGGGUAGUAAAGAGGACCGUGACAAAUGGGUAUCUGCACUCACUUACUUGGUAUCGAAAGCAAAAGAGGAAAGAGCGCACUACAAUGAGGAAUCCUUCAUAACUGAAAAGUUCCAUGAGGCCGAUACCAACAAAAACGGAUUUCUGAGCUUCAAAGAGGUCUGGGUGCUUCUCAAAAAAAUGAACCUACAUUUCAGUGAAGAAUAUGCGAAAGCCAUGUUUAAGGAUUCCGAAGCAAAAACUACGCGUGAUGGUGUUCUGGACGAGGCUGAGUUCGUCAACUUCUUCAACAGACUAACGGACAGACCAGAACUGAAUCACCUGCUACGGAUGGCAAGUGCCGAUGGAGUAGAAAGCCUCACACCUAGCGAUUUGCAAAGAUUUCUUACUGAGGAGCAAGAUUUCCAUGACAUCGAUAUCAAAAAGGCAGAGUCAAUCCUAGAAACGUUUGAACAAGUACUUCAAGACAAAACACAGGAAAAAGUCAUGGGAAUCAUCGGACUUCGCCGCUUGCUUCAUUCAAGAUGGGGGAACAUACUGAAAGAAGGUCAUGAAGCUGUAUGGCAAAAUAUGGACCAUCCACUUCCGCAUUACUUCUGUAACUCUAGCCAUAAUACCUAUCUGGCUGGAUUGCAAUUGAAGGGCGAAGCUACGGUAGAGGGAUACAUCUACGCUUUGAGGAGAGGAGCUCGUCUGCUAGAAUUGGAUCUCUUCGAUGGCGCUCAUGGGGAGCCGGUAAUCACGCACAAGCGAACACUGAUUGAUCCCAUCACUUUGAGAAAUGCUCUCGAAGCCAUCAAGCGAUGCGCUUUCGAAACUUCUCCAUAUCCAGUCAUACUCACACUAGAGAACCAUGUCGGCUUGGUACAGCAACGGGUUAUGGUUGAUGUUUUCCAGGAGGUUCUUGGCGAUCUCCUCUAUCUUCCACAUCCGAGAUCAUCACAAAUUGAUUUGCCCAGUCCAAAUGCCCUCAAGAAGAAAAUUCUGUUGAGAGGCAAGAAACUAGGAGAAAGCGGCAAUGUACCCGAUGACGUGGAUGAAGAGGAUGUCCCCACAAAAGAUAAGGGCCCAAAAACCGUUCCACUCGACCCAGACUUUUCUGCGUUGAUCGCCAUUCCAUCCGUGAAAUUGUCACACAACAUCUAUGGAGACAUUCAAACACAUCCUAAAGACGGGUCUCCUUCACUUUCUGAAGGCAAAGUUGAAUCACUCUAUAAUGGAGGAAGUCCCAUUUUUUCCUACACUGCCACGCGGUUUGUGAAGAGCUAUCCAAAGGGACUUCGUCAAGAUUCCUCGAACAUGCAUCCCUUCACUUCAUGGUUGUGCGGUAUUCAAAGCGUUGCCAUGAAUAUGCAAACUGCUGGAGAGGAACUUGACUUGAACGAUGGCUUGUUCCGAAUAAAUGGGAACUGCGGCUACGUACUAAAACCGGAGAUACUCCUGAAAGGAAUUGACCCACGAAGUGAAGCUGCCGUCAUCAAGCCUAGAGUGAGAUUAGAAAUUGCAAUAGUUAGCGCGCAGUAUUUGCCCAAGUCCGCUCCUGGAAAGGACAUUGUUGACCCAUACGUCACAAUUCAAAUUUUCGGAGUGGACAAAGACACAUGGAAGGCUAAAACAACACACAUAAAGGAUAACGGGUUCAAUCCGGUGUGGAACCAGUCUUUCAAAAAGGAUCUAUGUUUCCCAGAACUGGCGAUUUUACGUUUCUGCGUCAAAGAUUAUGAUUCUACCACACAGCAUGAUUUUAUUGGAGAAUUUUCAAUUCCUGUUACCAGCGUGAGAAGAGGAUACUCCCAGAUACGCUUGAAUACUGGCAGCCAACACACACCUGAUGACUCUGCCUCCCUUCUUGUUCGAAUUGCCCUAGAUCCAUUGUCAUAAAAGACACAGCAUUUUCUGCAGCUCUGUGAAGCUUGUUCUAAUUGUAUUCAUAAGUUUACGUUGUACUUUCGAUAUGCUCCAGUUGUUUCACUUGUCUUAGUGUAGCAUGCAUUUGCACAGCAGUUUCAUACAUUUUCUAUGAAUAAAAUCGUGUAUAAUUUGCGGGCAUAGAUUAUGUCAGUUGCAUAAAC